AUGGAAUUAGUAAGAGUAAGAGAAAGUGAAAGAACAAGAAGAUACAACAGUAAAGGUUCAAUUUAUAUCAAAUCUAAAGUUGAGAAAAAGAGAAGGGGUGUAAAGAAAGAAAGAGAAAGAGAAAGAAAGAGUAGAGGAGAAAAGAUGGGUGCAGCUCCUUCGACACCUUAUCCGCCUCAACAACAACAGCAGCAGCACCAACAGCAGUACCAACAACACCACCAACAUCAAAACCAUCACAACCACCACAACCACCAGAAUUCUACCGCCAGCGGUAUCAAUACUAAUGGAAAUGGCAAUGGAAAUGGAAUGGGUGGAGUUCUGGUACUGCUGGCGCCUAACCAGAUGAAUCUGUCGUCGUUUCUCAAGGCGUUGGUCGAGCAGACCCCAGAUGCAUCCGCCAAGAGUAACGAUGGAAAGAUUGUAUUCUAUCACAAACUUCAACAACAAUCAAAUCAUCCAUAUUCUCAACAACAUCAACAGCAACAACUACAACAGCAACAACAACAAUCAAGAAAUUCACUUUCAUCAUUUUCACAAAAUAAUCAGAAUCCAUAUAGCAAUAAUAACAAUAAUGACAAUAAUAAUAAUAAUAAUAACAAUGACCAAACAUCGUUAUCACCUGAUAAAAGCAAUCAUCUGAGAGAUAUAUUCACUCAGAGUAAUCAUAAUCAUAAUCAUCACAACCACCACCACCACCACCACAUCAAUCACAAUAAGAAUCAUUCUUCUUCAUCCUCUUCAUCUUCAUCAACUUCACUGACGUCACACAAUAUCAAUAUACCAAGUCUGUUGAAUUCUCCCGCUGCCUCUUCAUCACCGUCUUCAUCACAGCAGAGUAGGACAAUCAGUGGAAGUCCACUACGUCACCAUCCAUAUGGCAAUAACAAACAUUCUCAUCAUAUCCAACAACAGCAACAACAACAUCAGUCACAUCAUCAUGGAAGUGCUGGUUCCCUACAUUAUAGUGAUAUGGAGGACGACGACGAUGACAUUGAGGUAAUCGAUGACGACGAUGAAGAUGACGAUGAUCUAUUGCCGCAACAACAUCUACCGUAUCAAAUUCAACAGCAGCAGCAACAUCAUCAAUCAUAUGACAAGACGAGAAAGAAUUCCAUUGACAUGCUUGUCUCUUCAUCUUCACCGAUGAAACAACAAUAUAAUCAACAAUCUUAUCAACAACAACAACAACAACACAAUAAUAUUUUAAUGUCACUUUCACCACCCAGAGUUUCAAUGUCACCGAUUCAUAUGCAACUAGAUUCUCCAAUGUCACCUAGUUACAAUCACUACAGGGAUAUCGAGAUUGAAACAACUUCUUUUUCAUCUUCGAAACUGUCUCCUUCCACUAAACCACUCUCUUCAAAUCAACAAUCUCCAUUUAUCACUGGUAAAUUACCUCAGAUCGAAUCGACUACCACCUACCCAAUUCCUUCUAUGAAUCACCAUCACCUACAUAACCAACAUCACUCAAACAACAACAACAACAAUAACAAUAAUAACAACAACUCUUCAAAACUAUCAAAAUUUGUUGAGAAACUUCCAACUUUUAAUAGCAACACCGGUUCUACCAACCAAAUUUCCAAACCAAUUCCAAUCUACUCAAAACCAUCACCAUCUUCAUCACCAUCGAAAGGAGCAAUCUCUCCAUCUAUUUAUCAACAUCAACUACUUCAAACACAACCACCACUUCAACUACAAUCAAUACAUCAAUCACCGCAAUCACCACAAUCACCCUAUCACACCUCGCCACUGACAUCACCAUUGAUUUCAUCUAUUCCUCUCUCCUCAGCAGCUUCAAUCACAUCAGUAACAAAUAACCUAAAUAACAACAAUAAUAACAAUAAUAAUAAUAAUAAUACAUCAUCUUCAAAUUCAUCAUCUGCAUCUUCAUCACCUAUUUCCAAUCCUAAAUCAUUGAUAUUAACAAGUACAACUUCUACAACCAUUACAUCAACAACCCAACAACAAUUACCACCCAAUACACCAUCUUCAUCUUCAUCGUCAAAGAUUAAUCACAAUAUACUUCCACUUUAUAUUAAACCAAGUAAUGGUAUUAAACCAACGAUUCAAUUCAACAAAUCACAAUCAUCUCCAACAACAACACCCACAGUUGAGAAGAAGUCUAAAUCUUCCAAACAGCAACUACUACAACAACAACAAGCAGCAUCAUCCAACACAGCCAUAACAAGCACACCUGGCAGUGAUGGUAAUAUUCAUGGAAACAGUAAAAAGUCCAAUCAAUAUCACUGCACGAUAUCAUCGGAUGGAUACCAGUGGCGUAAAUACGGUCAAAAGAAUGUCAAAGGCACUCAGUUUCCAAGAAGCUAUUACAAGUGUACCUAUCCUGGUUGCACUGUAAAGAAACAAAUGGAGCGUAGAUCCUCGAGUGACGACACUCUGAACCAUGUCGUCUACAAAGGUGAGCAUAACCAUGAGUCACCACAGACCACCAGAGUCAAUGUUAGUGACCAACUUUCAUUUAAGAAAUCUGUUAUAGCUGAAGGUGUAAUGAAAGAAGAGGUUGAUAACUCGUUUGACGAUGAAAGUCCAAUGAUUACAACACCAUCACCAUCAUUACAACAACAACAACAACAAUCACAAUCAAACUCAAUAACUAAAUCUGUACAAAUUAUAAAUAACAAUAAUAACACAACUCAUAAAGAUGAUGAUAUAUCAAUGCCCAUUGAAAAAUAUGGUGCUGAAAUGACAUCUACUUUUACUGCAACCUCAACAUCAACUACUACUACUACAACUACCACUACUUCCAAUAAUAGUGGAAAUAAUAAUAAUAAUAAUAGUAGUGCUUUUAAUUUAUUAAAAGAUAUUACAAAUAAUAAUAAUAGUUUAGUAAAAGUAGAACAACUUGUAAAUAACGAAAAGAAAAGAAAAGAUGAUAGUAGUAGUGGCAACAACAUAGAUAAGAAUAUCACAAAGAGAGAGAGUAAUAACAAUCAUAUCAAUACUAUAGAUAAUAGUAAUAAUAAUGAAAAGAAACAAGACAUAUCUUCUUCCCCAUCAAUUUCAAAUUCACCUGUGGUACAACCAUCUAAAUUGAAUCAUUCAACAACAACAACAAAUGAUAAUAAUAAUAAUGGUAAUAACAAUGGUACUAAGAAUCCUAUGAAGUUGGUUAUCGAAACAACCUCGAUGGUCGAUCAUUUGGACGAUGGUUUCAAUUGGAGAAAGUACGGACAGAAAGCAGUCAAAGGCAGUCCUUACCCAAAGAGCUAUUUCAAAUGUGCCGAACAUGGUUGCAACGUAAAGAAGCAAGUCAUACAACAAGGAGAUAAGAAGUUUGUUAAUACCUACAAUGGUAGACAUACUCAUGAUCCUCCUUCAAGAGACAGCGAACUCCGAAAGAGAAAGAGAAAAGAAGCUGCUGCCAAUAACAACAACAAAGAAGGUUUUGAAUCCACAAAGAACGGUGACCAAGAUGAAUUGACAAUAAUGGCACCAGACUCGCCAAAUUCAUCUUGCAAUUCAGAUUAG